AUGACCAUUCGUCGGAUGCACAAUCCGAUGUCUGGGAGGGUGAUCGAGAAAACGAGAGUCCCAAAGGAUGGAAAGGAUAUCCAGAGACCAGGACCACGUAUGGAGAGGCAAUCCCUCCGGGCUACCUUCAGACUCCCAUAUCCCGGAGAUGAUUUGGUAUCGAGCGGGAAGAAGCCUGCCAUGGAAGAAGACUCCUUGGACAUCGAUAAAUCUCUCUCACUACCACCCAAAGACGAUACUCCGAUGAUAUCUGAGAAAGAACCCGAACCCGAGAUUGCUCCAAAGCUCCCCGAAAACUCAAAUGAAAAUGAUUCAGAAUCAGGCAUGAGUGAAGGAUUGUUGGAGAAGUUUCCUCAUUUCUUUCACCUAGACGAAGAUCUCCCGAUCCCCGAGCGUAGUCCACCGAUCUCCGAAGACACAAUCCAAUACGAUUCAACCACCGAAUCCGAAAGAAAUAGAGCAAAAUUAGCCCUGUUAACAUUUUUCUCGUCGCCGAGUAAUAAGCGCGGUAAAUUAAGAAUAACCAAGAAAGACGGUGGUCUUGAAAUUCUCAAGAACUGCUGGAGCCAGGAUGUGUCUGGUAUACAGUUGAAUGUUGAUACUGUUGAUGAUAUCAUGGAAAGAUUCUUUUCGGAAACUAAUCAGUACGUUACUUUAAUGAUAUCGAGGGGGACAACCCAGAGUCAUGGGAUCAAGAUUGAAUUGCAGGGUUUGAAGAAAUCAGAGCCGGCCGCAGAAUGCAGCAGCGUGGAUAUCUCUGGACUGAGCUUGGAUAUGUAA